AUGACUCACAAACGCCGUAACACCUCGUCGCCCGAGCCUGAUGAAUCUCCAGAUCCAAAACCAUCGAACCCGUCUGAGUUUCAAGACAGCUGGGAUGAUUCGGACCAGGAAACUCACCAAGAAGUCCCACGGGUCAAUGAGUACUCCGGGCAGGUUGCAGCAUUUCCCGGUCUUGCCAACGAUGGCGAUGAACUCUUCUACGGUCCAGCCUCGGAUGGGGUGGACUAUCUGCGUAUGGUCCGGUCCGAAGCCAAAAGUAUCCCGUACAUUUUGACGGUGCCGGCUACGCAAAAGCUCGAUGAUGGACGACAAGCCCAAGGGUCAUCAUUUCCGACCGAACAGGGUGGCUAUUUUUCUGGUGGCGCAUAUAUGGCAGCCGCCAGCUUACCUUCGACCAACAGUGAUGGCAUGUGUGCUGCACAAUUGCACUAUUACGAUUCGCUUCUCACCCAGUUCAGGCUGGUCCAAGCAACCAUGCGCUGUGUGCCUCCGUUGUCCGAGAUCCAAAGACUUGCUCCCUCGCAGUUCAUCUCUUUUCCCCAGGGUUCCCGACGAGCACGCACCCAGUGGCAGUCCCACAUCGUGUCGCACGACCCUAGUCCUGUGCAAAUAGCCUGCAUGGAACCCGUCACCGCCUUGGAACUGAUCAAACUACUCAAAAGCAGGCUGAACGUCUUCCUUCGACACAAUGACGAGACGGUCAUUAGACGGAUAGGUACUUGGACGUGGGCGGUAUUGGGAAAAUGUCCAGAUCAAGGCGAACUCAUGAGUGAGGACAUUGGAGAGAUCAGAGCGCUGGCUCAAAGUGCGGUCAAGAUGCACAUGAGGCGUGUCGGUGGACUAGAGGGCGUAUCAUCAGACGAGGAGAUGGAAACAGAGAUUGGCAGCGAAAAGGACAUGACUGAGACGCACAAUGUCUACCAGGGCGCAGAUGCUGUAGGCGGAGGAAACGGCUUGGUGGGUGAGGUCGAGGAUACAUCGAAAGAAAGGGAGGCAUUUCCGCUUGCCACUGUCCAGAGUCCAGACAGAGAGGCAUUGAUUGACAUGACACUGGACAUGAUAGUUACCGUUGUGGGUGAAGUAUACGGCCAGCGAGAUUUGCUGGACCUACGACCCAUAUGGCGUGGCGACGUGGAGAGAUGA